AUGAAUGCAGAGCUCACAAAGCAACUAACGUCCACAGACUGCACAAUGUACAAGCUUUUCAUCCUCGCUGCACUUGUGGCCUGCGCCGUCGCCGCCCCGCGUCCAAUUGGUGAAGACGCUCAAGUUGUCAGAUACGAUAUACAAGCCGAAACGGAUGGAUCCUUCAGUAGCAACGUGGAGUUGACCGAUGGCACGAUUUUAUCGCAGGAAGGCCAGGGUGGAGUUUAUGCAAAGGGACUCGUUUCUUAUACAUCCCCCGAAGGCAUUCCAAUUCAAUUGACCUAUGUGGCCGAUGAGAAUGGGUACCAGCCUCAGUCAGAUGUGCUGCCCAUUGCACCCCCAAUCCCUGAAGAUAUUGCAAAGUCGAUUCGAUACAUCCAGGAACAUCCCACGCCGGAAGAGUUGGCCGAUCGUGAGGUGCGCGCUCGCCAAUUUUAA